AUGUGGAACUACUUGCUUGCAUCGUGCCUCGUGUUAUUCGUGUCGUUGCUGUACCAUUUUUAUUUCAACGGUCCGGCCAGCAUUGUCGAGCGUCCCAACACGCAUUACGAUUACAUAAUCGUUGGUGCUGGAACAGCAGGAUGCGUACUAGCAUCACGUCUUUCUGGAAUUUCGAACGUGACCGUGUUGGUGGUCGAAGCUGGAGGACAUUUUGGAUGGGUGUCGACUGUUCCAAUUUUGGCGCCAGUUAUGCAAGGGACUGACGUUGAUUGGUCGUAUUCCACGGAACCGCAAAUGUUCUCGUCGAAAGGAUUUUGGAACAAUGUACAAAAGGUUCCAAGAGGUAAAGGGUUGGGCGGCAGCGGCCAGAUGAAUCAUUUGGUUCACUCCUUUGGAAAGCCGGAAGAUUACAAAGUCUGGCCUAAGGGAUGGUCACAUGCCGAUCUACUUCCGUAUUUUAAAAAGGUGUCCGAUAUCAUGAACGUAAUGUCCAGCCCGGAGGAGGAAUAUCUGGCGGAAGCUUUUCUCAUGGCGGAAGAAUCGUUGAAGUUGAAUAAUGUGACUUUACAAAAGGGGCUGUUCACUACUAAAAGAGGUUCCCGUUGGAGCACGUUUAACGCGCAUUUACAAAACGCUUGGAACAGAAGGAACUUACACAUUUUGAUGAACACGCUGGUCUCGAAAAUACUUUUCAAAGAGAACUCAAUCGCAGACGGGAUCAAGGUGAUUUACAAAGAUGGAUCGGUGGGAAAGAUUGCCGCGAGGAAAGAGGUGAUUCUUUGCGCCGGUGCUAUCAAUACGCCUCAAUUGCUUUUGCUUUCGGGAAUCGGGCCAGCCGAAGAUCUUGACAAAUUCCAGAAUAUAAAUAACAGUCUAUUCUAUAUUCUACAUGCUUGA